UGCUACAAAACGUCGCGCUAUCUACACAGUGUAAAAAGCGAUGCAGCGUUGCAGAAAAAACCCAGCCACUUGCAUGAACCUACCAAUACUUUUAGUAAAGAAAAGACAUCAGAUAAUAGGAACCUAACUAACACGUCUGCUUCCGAACCCGCGGAACCUCAAACAGUUACCCAGGACACCGUCGAUGCCGUAUUGAACAUUCCACUGCAUUCAAAACGAAAAGUAAUAAUUCGCCGAUCGCCGGUGCCAUUUCCAAGAACUCAGCGAGUGGCAGAAGACGGACAAGGAUCUGGAUUCUUCGCCAGAAGUGGGAGCACAAUCCUCUCUGUUGCCGUUGGCCAUACCAUCGUAUUUGAUAGCGUUAUCACAAAUACUCACAACGACUAUAGUGGAUACACAGGGGCGUUCACGUGCAGUACUCCAGGGCUGUACGCGUUAACUUGGACAAUACAAAUCAACAGACAUUUCUUAAAAUCACAACUGCUGAAAAACGGAGCACCGGUUGCAGAUGGUUUUGCAGGAGAUGACGAGCGCUACUGGACCACUGGGACAAGCACGGCAAUCCUAUCUCUGGCCCAAGGUGACGUUCUCGUGGUUCAUGUCACUGGUCUAGCCAGUGCAGAUCCCACUUACGUAUUACCGCAUGUCACGUCCUUCAGUGGAUUUUUGGUCUAA